AUGACCGCUCCACUCAGUACUAGAGAUGUAAAAGAAACUGCUGAGUUCUUUCCGACGGUGCCCGACUCACACAUAGAAGCCUUGCUUCCGGGAGACGACCUGGACCAAGCUCGCCAAUGGAUUCGAGCUGCGCUGUCCGAGAUGCACCUCAACUACGAUCUCGAUCCCAAGCUCCUCGGUGAGCGGAGCGAUGUUAAUCGCGGGAGCGCACUGAUUGCUCUCCUCCUCUCCCGGAUAACCGUCCGCGAGCCUGACUCGCACCUCGAUGAGCGGGGCGAAGGUCAUCUUUCCGGCGCAGUCAUCGACCAAGAUCUCGCUUCGCAAUCCUCUCCCUCGGCUGCCUCCACAACCCAGCACAAAUCGACGGUAGUGGCGCCACCAAGAGCAUACGAGACGCACGACCUCCUCAAAGCUAUUGACAAGCGCGACGUCGAAACCAUCCUCGCCAUCCGCAACUUGAACUUCGACCUCCUGCUCGACCUCUCACACUCCGGCUCCUCCACCAAGACCUCCGCCGCCUCUUCCGCCGGCGGAGCGUCCAACACGCCGCUCGGCUACGCCAUCUCUCUGGGCAAGGGCUGGGAGGGCGUGAGCAUUGUGCUGGUGGGCGCGCUGUCCAAGUUUGUCAACCAGCUGCCAGACGAUGAGGACGAGUUCGAACCCGCCUCGUCCACUGGACCAAAGAAGAAGAAGCCCAAAAAGCUGCAAUUGGAUCCGCGCACCAUGCAACGUCUUCGAAAGAUUCGAGUAAACCUCAAGCUCGCCAUCGAUCACAGCAUCAGUCAGGACCAAACCGCGCUGCUAGCGAGCUACCUGCAGGUGCUGGUGAUGUCUGAGGGCUCGCCGUUCCUCGAAUCGGCCAUCGAAGACGUCGCGCACUGUCUAAAGAGUCGUUCGGAGGGAGGAGCGGACCCGGUCGCACGGGCAAGAAGCCAGGUGAUGCAGUUCGUUACCGACUCGCUAAGGCAUAAGAGCGAUAAGGUGGCGAGUGUCAAGGACUACAUUGCGAAUGCGCAGGGGGAUCUGUUGUUGAUGGCGCUGUGGCGAUUGGUCAAGCUGGGCAAGGGGCAGGUGGAGGGAGAAGGGGAAGUGCAGGAUCUGGCGAACGAUUUGCCCGGGUUCUUCUUCGCGAGAGACGACAGGGUUGCCUCCAACUAUGUAGUCAGGGUGGGGAGGCUGGGUCAUGUAGCGGACGGGACGAAGGGGGCGCCAGCUAGCCUGGUCAAGCUGGCAAGCCGGGUCGCCGAGGCGCUGCAGGAAGGUGCGAGGCGCAAAAGCUCCUACGAGCGAUUGGAGAUCAUCACCGCCGUCCUCGAGGGCAAGCGCACCAGCAUUCACACUUGA